AUGCUUCUGCACCUGAAGCCUGACUCAGAUGCGUAUCUGGAAAAUGUCUGGGCGUGGGUUGCCGACCAUGAUCUCGAUCAAUCCAACAGGAACCAAAUCGAUAUCUAUGUUGCGAGAGGUAUGCUUAUCGAGAGCAAGAAGGCCUGGCUGUGGGGCACAUCCUCAGAGCACUGCGUCUUCUAUCAGUACCAGAUCUCCGGUGCGAGCAACAUCGCCAUGGGCAUGAUUCAGACCGAGUCGCCUUAUUAUCAACCGGUACCAAAGGCGCCUCAACCUUUCCGCACCGGUCUAUUCCCCAACGACCCCACGUUCAACGAAUGCAGUGCCAGCGACGCAGGGUGCUACUCUGCGUGGGCCUUGCGGAUCAUCGACUCUUCUGCAGUGUACAUUCUCGGUGCCGGGCUUUAUUCAUGGUUUUCCGACUAUAGCCAAGAGUGUCUCAACACGAACGACUGCCAGAAGCGUGCAGUUGAGAUCCAGCAGAGCUCGGAUUUGUGGGUGUAUAACCUAUGCACCAAGGCCAUCGUAGAGAUGGUAACUCCCAUUGGCGGGGUUGCCACAUUAGCUAAAGACAACAUCAAUGGAUUUUUGUCUUCCAUUCUGGCCUGGCUGGAGGGGUCCAAAGAUGUCACCGGCCAGCGAGACUUCGAGGGGUUUCAACUUUUCACCCUUAAUGGACUUCGCAACCAGAAUGUGCCCGAGACAUGCAAGACGGCAUUGAGCGCAAAGGUCUUGUGCGACUUUUGGGUCAGCAUGUUUGAAGAGCCGGGAUAUAGAGGUACGCUCGGCAACAAGACGUUGACCGACUCGGUUUGUGACUCGGGUUGCGGGAAGUCACUGCAAAGCUGGUUCGAUAACGUCAACGCCGGAUGUCAGGGCUACAAUAUUUCUGGGGAAAUACCUACUCUACAUGGGGGACGCAUAUGGGCAGGAUACAACGAGACGUGUCUCAAAGAUCCAGAAACCGGGCUUUACUGCAAUGACUUGAUUGCCGACUUCAGUAGCGUUGGUUCGAUCCAGGAGAUGCCCCAAUCCGAGAUGUGCUCCGAAUGCUACAUCAACCGUCUUGCUCUCAUGCAGAGUAGUCCGUAUUCAAUUUACGACGACAACUACAAGAGCGACUUGGAACUCGUCUACAAGACUUGCGGAGAGACUGGACCGACUGACAUUCCCCCGCCAGUGUCUCCAGGAUCUGAGGAAGGGCCAACCUUGUGCUUAUCCGAGAAGUGGCAUACCAUCAGCCAGGGAGCUUCAUCGUGCAAGCAGGUAGCCUCUAUCAACAACGUCUCAUCUGUUGCGUUGUACAGCAUGAACCCUCAGAUCUUCGACUGCAACAGUAUCCCCGACAACACCGAACUCUGCCUGCCGCUAUCCUGCGGGCGUAUCAUUUCUUACACCGACCAAGAUACUUGCUCAGGUCUCGAAGCCGCGCAUGACCUUGAACCCGGUGACGUACAGAGAUUCAACCCUUGGGUCUACCGCGAUUGCAGCAACCUGUCUGACGCCAUUGGAUUCUUCGGAAACCUUCUAUGCGCUGCACCCCAGAAUGGCGAGUACGUACACGGGGGUCCUGGAAGUGGCGGAGAUACGGUUACACCCCAUCCCGGCGGCACAGGUUACACGUCAUUCCCGAUCGACCCGCCUAACAACGCAACUAUUGCGGAGGGAACAACGACGAAAUGUGGAAGAUGGCAUGUGUCCGCGGAGGGUGAUAGCUGCGCUACGAUCUGCUUGUCAUCGGACAUCAACAUUGCCCUGUUUAUUGCCGCUAACCCUUCACUUGGAAGUGAGUAUUCGGAGUGCACGAGCAGUUUGGUGCUCGGGAACGCAUACUGUUCCGGGCCAACGUAUGACUGGGAGGAUACGGAGGAGCUCUGA